CGCGUGCAUUCAUUCCAUUGCGCGACGUACUCACGGUCGGUUCGGUGUUUGGCGUGUUUCUUUUCUUUCUCCCCGUGGUCGAGCGAGCCCAGCGUUCUUCGCGCCCCUUUCCUGCUGACACGGACGUCCCUACCCUCUCAUCUGUCGUCCACCACCACACACACCCCGUACGUUACCUCGGUGGGUGUCAGUGCGUGCGAUUCCCCAACGUGUGUGUUGUGUUGCGUGUGCCGGAGGAGCAGCAGCAGCAGCAGUAGUGUGCCCGUGAGUGUGUGUGUAUGUUCUGUGCAAAGCGUCAGUGUUCUAAGGAGCUUUCAUCUCAGUGUGUCCCACAAGUGUUUCUCACAGUGUUCCCUAGUGUGUGUGUGUGAGUGUGCGUGCUAGAUAAUUAAUGCAGUCGAAAAUGCAAUCCACCACCGGCCAUUUCCUGCCCUGCCUGCUGUUGGCGAUCUGUGCUGCUGCGCUCACAGCUAACGCACAAGUUGUAGACACAGACCCACGCACGAUUGUGGUCGUAGAGAAUCAGGAAAAUGUAAAGCUCAGCUGCCGGAUAGGCCGUCCGGCACAGCUUUGUCUCAUUCGGUUGCCUGGAGUAAAUGAUCAAUUUUCAUUGGACCCUAACGUUGCGUCUCCGGUGCCUGGCAUGUCCUACCACGGUGAUGGGCUGGACAAGGGUUCGUGCGGUGUGCGUAUCGCGCGAGUGACGGCGGAAAAUGCAGGCCUCAUGAACUGUACACUGUUCGUUGAUGGACGUGGUUUGACUGGUUCCAUCGAGAUUGUUGUUGCUUUCCCACCGGAGCAACCCGCCAUUGAAGUCGUCUCAGGAAAUCUGGCCAACUUGGAGGUUAACAGUGAGCUCACCUUUCGAUGCAUCUCCGCACGAGGCAAUCCGGCGGCCAAGCUUUUGUGGUUCUUGGAUCAAGAACAAGUCUAUGAGGGAGUCAAGAUGGAGGAACUGGAAGAAUACUUCGACGAGCGCUCCAACAAACGCUACUUCACCGCGUCAUCCACACUGACCCGCUCGAUUCGUGCGGAGGACAAUGGCAAACGCCUCACCUGCCAGGCAGAACAUGACGCGUAUCCGGAGAAAUAUUCCCGCACUGAUCUCAUCAUGAACGUUAACUUCCAACCACAAGCACUGCCCGAUCAGGUCGUCUAUGGACUGCAGCUGGGACGCACUGCGACCGCCAGUAUGGUAAUCAAGGCGAACCCUUCGCCACGAGUUCUGUGGAGCAUUGAUGGCAUUGACUAUCAUCAGGGUACCGAGCAGGGACGAUAUGCUGUACCGAUUCCGGAAGCGCUGGGAAACAACCACUACAACGUUUCGCUGACCAUUGCCGGCCUUACCCUGGAAGAUCUGUCCAAAAUGUACGUGAUGCGUGCGUCGAACAACUUCGGCACGGAAGAUUACCGGCUGAGCCUUCGCUCCCAGGACGAAGUGUUCAGCGAAUCGAGCAGCUUCGGUACCGGUGAAAUUGUUGGCCUGGUCCUAGCCGUGCUGAUCGUCCUGUUGGCCGUUGCCCUGAUCUUCAUCGCUCGUGCUACCGGUAGAUGGUGCUUCCGAGGCGCUUCCCUCAAUACCGAUAUCAAUCCGGACUCCGAAGCACAGAUUACACCGCACCCGCACGAUGACGAGAUCGACGAGCGGCAGCAAACGCAGGACCCGGCCGCCCACUACGUGCACGAAGGUGACGAGAAGCAUGCGGCCACUAAUGGGAAGCACGAGAACGGCAAGCAGCAGCAGCCGAAGGCGCAACCGGCUGCCAUCCCACAACCGCCAACCGUCGGUGGCGGCAAGCAGGAAAAUGGCAAGCCGGCCGAUAACAACAAAACGAACACAUCCGUGUAGAGAUUUCUUCGGCAGCCAAACAUUUUGGUCCAGCAGUUUUGCCACUUAAUACACUAGUUGUAAAAGGGAUUGUGAUUGGACGGGCGCCUCGGAAGGAAGAAAUAUUAGCGCCGUUGUUCUAACAUUGAUGAAAAUCGCCCACCGCCGAGUGGGUUUGUGUGUGUGGAUGGAAAGGAAAAAAGCGGACAAUGCGAAAGUAUAGAAUAACAAACACAACAAAGCCGCGCAACAAAAACGAAAAGAAAACGGGAAACUAAUUAACGGACGGCGAGCAGGGCAACAUACAACAAAAACAAGCUAGAAAUGCAUGAAAGAUCUGUUAUUUUUGGAACUGAGAAAGGAAAAUUGGCGAUGUGAAAAUAGCAAAAAGCACGACAAAACCAGACCACGGAACGGGGAGAGCAUGGAAAUUCGGUUCUUUAACGGUUUGGGGCGGAAGAAAAAUAGGCAGCAGUUCCUUACGCGUUUGUUUAUUUUUUGUGCGGUUGAGAGCUUUCAAUCCUCCUGCUCCAGCGAGAAAGUCCGACAGUCCCGCUGAUUACGCCGGGAGUGAUUAAUGUGUGCGUGUAUGUGCAUCCCCAGCAACAGAAAGCGUUCGAUAAGAUACUUUCCUUCCAAGGGGUUGAUCUUUCGCUUGUUUAGAUUAAUUUUGGGUUUCCUUUAGUUAAUAUUUGAAUUUGGCUGCUGAUGCGCACUCUGUUUGGUUUGAUUUACCGUUUGGUCGUGGCGCACAAAGCAUAAUAAAUGAAAUAAUCGAAUCUCAUCGAGAGAAGGUAGCAAUUAGACCGCACGAAAUUCGGACGUGGAAGCCUUCCUAGUGAAGGGAGAGGUAAGAGAAAGAGAGAGAAAAAAGGUUUCCCAAUUUAGAAGCUGCCUCACAAGCAGAACGGAGCGCAUUAGAAGAUUCUAGGAAGCGGAAUAUUUUGAUUAUAAAAUAAUGAUUCUCAUUGAAUGAAUGGAACUCUGUGUAGGUUUUUACGGCAUAACUUAAAAGAAAAACAUAUUGAGUAUACACGCGUGAGAGAGAUAAAAAGCGUGGGAAAUGAAUUCCAGACCUUUUAUUAGGAACAGCAUCAAUUCAAUGGAAACAAAUGGCAUUGCUUUGCUUUCCGAUUUUGCUCCGCCUUAAAUCGUACUUAAUUAAAUGUUUGUUCACUAGAAAAAAGUAAUGAAACGAAACGAGAGUAAUACAACAAAUUCCAUCCACGCUCAGGUUCCUUUUGAAGCGGAACGAUGAUACACUUAAGCUAAGGAGGAGACACAUACGAUGCUCGAGCGCUUUGACGCUUGUUGGAAGUGGAUAGUGGUUAUAGCUCUAUUACGAUCGGCCAUUUUGACCGGAACCGGCUAAGCUAUUUAAGUUGUAUGGAAAACGAAAUGGCGGAUACAUAUUAUUUCAUAAGCGCUCAAAUGUGUUUGUUCCCCCCUUCCUCUCGUCUAGACAUAAGCUACUAUUUGCACAAAGUGUCCAUAUUCAGGAAGCAUUAGGAGUACGUUAAUUUUUAUUGCUAUUUUUAUCCCCCAUUUUGUUAAAAAAAAUACCACCAACCCGAUUCACUACCGCUACCUACCAUUACUACUGCAUACCAUUUCCAACAGGAAGAAUCUCUUACAUACAACUAGAUCUGUUUUUUAUAGAAUUGUAGCGCGAAACGACAAUGAAGCCAAGAAGCUACCACAUGUUUCAACCACAAUCUAUCAAUGUUAUCUCUAAACUUUUACAAACAAUUUCUUUAGGAAACAGUUUAUGGCAGCUCUCGAAUGCACUUUACACCACUACUUAUAUAGGGACAAAGAUAGCACCAUAGAUAUAAUGAGAACGAUAUGGAGCAGGAAAGAGAGAAACAGAGAGCAGCAAGGGAGAGAGGUCGAGAGCACCCCAUUACCAAUGCUUUUAUUACUUGUGGGGGAGUUUCGAAGCGUUUUUAUUUAAACGAUCGCGUAGCAAACACACAAACUACCGCUCUGGAAACACAGCAUCUCUCAAGCGAAAAGAAGAAGCGUUUUUUAAUCUUAUUCCUUACUUUUUUUUACAUAUUAAAAAUUGUAUAUACUUGGAACGAAUAAAAAUCUAAAAAAAACCCUAA